UUUUUCCAAUGUUUAUUGAAAUAUGAUAAGACUGACCACCCCUGUCACAUAGGUGGGGGUGACGCAACGCAUUAUCGGAGUGGGAGUGCUCUAGUUUUCCAGGGGAGGGCAGCACCGGCGGGGUAGGUAGCCCACAGACCCACAUUGUGCAAGUAGCCAUGCUCCCACACGCUCUCUGCAUCCUCUUGGGACUCGCACACUACGGGUUGAGCGUACCUCUCUUGGACGCCCCAGGAUGCCCGGAGCAGUACGGUGUCCAGACGUACCACCACCCUGAAGCCUGCGACCAGUUCUUCUUGUGUACCAACGGAACCCUUACAUUGGAGACAUGCGAGAACGGACUCCUUUACGACGGAAAAGGAGCUGUGCACAACCACUGCAACUACCACUGGGCUGUAGAGUGCGGACCAAGGAAGGCAGUCCUUGUCCCUCUCAGCUCUCCAGGCUGUGAGUUCAGGUACGGUAUCUACCCCGAAGGACCUCACUGCUCCACCAACUACGUUAAGUGUGCUGAUGGAGUCCCAUACAUCAACCACUGCGACCCUGGUCUGGCCUAUGACGACAAAACUCACUCAUGCAACUGGCCAGAUCUUCUCCGUGAUUAUUGCAACCCAGAGGCUGUUGUAGGCUUCAAAUGCCCAGACAAGGUAGACCCCAACUCAAUCUCCGCCAAGUUCCACCCCUACCCAAGGUACGCUAUCCCCGGAGACUGUGACCACUUGGUAACCUGCGUCGAUGGAUUCCCAAGACUGAUUGCCUGCGGAGAAGGUAAAGUGCUCGAUGAGAACACGCUCACCUGCGAAGAGCCAGAGCACGUACCUUCAUGUCACCUGAAGAAGAAGUAAAAAGAGGAAGUAGAGAGGAGGGCAGCUGUACACACACUGUAAUAUAAUCCCCCAAAACUUUUCGAGAAGUGCCCUUCCUAUUAUUCAAAAUCAGCCCUAUCUUAACAAUGUAAAAGUAUGUAAAGAAAAAAUUCUGUUAUUUGUUAUUUUAUGAGUAAUUAAAUAUUGAUUUUGAAGUUUGGUGAGUUACUGUGUUCAAUAUUUAAAACCUCCGGACGCAAGGAGCAUGUUAUGAUAUAACCAAUCCUGUUUGACCUGUUUUCGAAUUGAGUUGGAAUAUUGUAAAAGGCCAAUUUCAUGUCUGUCUCGAAAAACUCGUUUUGGGAAUGAUUAUACUGGAGGAAAUUAUUGCAUAUAUGGUUGCAACUCAACUGUGGAAACACAUAUUUGGUAGAUUUAAUUCCUCAGGAAUGUUUCUAAUUCUAUAUCCAAGUGGUUCAAUAAGGGAAAAGUUACAGAAACAAAAAAUUACAUUUAUUGUUCUUUUUAUUUAAAAAAUAGUCUUUAAUGUAUAACUUACAUUUGUUGCCCAUCGAAAGAAUGUUAUCAGAGAAAAAU